CACCUGUCAACUGGAGAGUUAAUUUGGAACUAUGGAUACCAAUCGCAGCGUUUGCGCUGUAGUAUUCUUACUUUCAGUGGUCUUUCAAUUGAAAUAAAUGAAGAAAGAAGUGAAGUCACUUUUAUGUGUAGUUUCGUGAUGUCUUUGGACCAAAAGGAGGGGCGACUGACAGAGGGAGCGAGCUGGAAAAAAAUCUAAACGAAAGAUGUCUACUUUUGCCACCCACCUGAAAUCGAUAGUGUUGCAUUCAAGAACCUCACACUGAACGUAUAAAAACGGGACGCAUGUGCCCAGGAAAGAUACGACUCACAGAAACCUGUUGCCGACUUUCCGUUGGAAUAGCAUUUUUGAAGACUCAACAAUAUUCUGCUGCCAUCAAUUACGUAGGCUACUCGGAGCGCACAGUAUUUGACGACAGUGAAUCGUGCUGGAAAGCCAUGCAGGCGGAGAGGAAAUGGCACAUACUUUUGAGUAUAAUCAUUAUGCUCAUUACUUCGAGCCAGUGCAUGGACAGCAAGGAGGCGAAGCUGAAAGAAAGAAGAACACUGUUGGAUUUAAUCUUACAAGUAAUUGGCGACAAUCAACGGGACAAGCUCGCCUCCAGACGCAUCACCAGUGGCCUAUUCUCUGUACCUCAAGACUUGAAAUUUUCCUCGCGUGAAAAAUCCUCAUACUUUCCCAAGCAAGACAGAAGCAGACCAAUAGAGGUUGUCCCAAGAGACACAAGCCUGAAAGACAGGUUCAUAAAUCAUUUUACAGCAGGACCAGUGAAGUUCUCAUCUGAGUGCAGAACACAUUUUCAGAGACUUUAUUACAAUACAAGGGAUUGCUCAAGACCAGCAUACUACAAAAGAUGUGCAAGAUUGCUAACGCGGCUAGCAUUGAGUCCGCUCUGUACACAGUCGUAAGUGUUAUGCAUGUUCAAGACUGAUGGAAGAAGGGACUGGUUUUUCUCCAAGGAAGUGCCUUCAGAUGCCAACAUUUAACUGUUGUCAUAUCUGCAUUCAAAUUGUAUUAGUUUUUUUAUUGUUGUUCCAUUUUUUGUUCCAUAUUUUUACUGUUAUGAUUGGUGUUAAUAUUCAGAUGCUUUUAAAAUAUAGUUUUAUUGAGCACUUUUGCUUUUUUAUAUCAUGGAUCUUUAAAAAUAUUAAUUUAACAUUCAGUCCACUAUUUAUUGAAAUGUUAUGUAAAUAGUAGUUCAUGAUUAUGACAGAAAUAUACUAUUUAAUUAACUCAUCAAACUUGUUUUC